UCCACGAGCAACAGGAAGCGACGAGCCCAAAACACUGCGAACUCACAGAGAAAAGUACCGCUGCGAGCUUCUACCUACUCGCUGCAUCCAAAUUUACGCAUUUAUAGUCAAUCCUCGGCUCCAAAAGUAGCUCCCACACAGACGUUUCCUUUCCUAAAAGCGUUACGUGGCACUGGCGUAAGCAUGCGUCUUCCAUGAAGUUUAAUCUCACCUGCUCGAGACGCAGCGCACGAGGCUUUAGUCUGCUCCAGUCAUGGCCCAAACCUCCAGUAUCCACUACGAGCCUGUGGCAGAGAUCGGGGGCGGGGCUUAUGGGACGGUGUAUAAGGCGCGGAACACGGAGAGCGGACAGUUCGUGGCUCUGAAAAGUGUCAGAGUCCAGACCGACCAGAAUGGGCUCCCCAUCAGCACCGUGAGGGAGGUGGCUCUGCUGCGGAGAUUAGAGCAGUUCGACCAUCCCAAUGUCGUCAGGUUAAUGGAUGUUUGUGCGACCCAGAGAUCAGACCAAGAGACUAAAGUCACUUUAGUGUUUGAACACGUCGACCAAGAUCUGAAAACAUACCUGGAGAAAGCGCCCCCUGCUGGACUGUCCCAAGAAUGCAUUAAAGACAUGAUGAAGCAGCUGUUGUGUGGUCUGGUUUUCCUUCACUCAAACUGUGUGAUCCACCGAGACCUGAAGCCUGAGAACAUCCUGGUCACGAGUCAAGGGCAGAUCAAACUGGCCGACUUUGGACUGGCUCGGAUCUACAGCUGCCACAUGGCCCUCACUCCAGUGGUGGUGACUUUGUGGUACCGCCCCCCUGAGGUCCUGCUCCAGUCCAGUUACGCCUCUCCCGUCGACGUCUGGAGCACCGGCUGCAUCUUCGCCGAGAUGUUCAGGAGAAAGCCUUUGUUUUGUGGAGAUUCAGAAGUGGACCAGCUCAGCAAGAUUUUUGAUGUGAUUGGGCUGCCUUCAGAGGAGGAGUGGCCUUCUAACGUCACGCUCUCCAGGAAAACCUUUCGCCCGGUUCCUCCUCGGCCGAUCACCGAAGUCGUCCCGGAGAUCGACUCACAGGGUGUCCAGCUAUUACUAAAAAUGUUGACUUUUGACCCGUUCGAGCGAAUAUCAGCCGUGAACGCACUCGAGCACCAGUAUUUCAAGGACGAGGAGACUGCGACGGAAACGACAAAAUGAGCACCUGAAUGCAUCGCGUAGGAGCCAGUCUUUGAACGCACCACAGGAGUCGGCUGCGUUGUUAGUCCAGUGCCUUUAAACAUGCUUAGAUUGUUAAUGUUGUUGUUUUUUUGUUUUUUUUUUAUUAUUAGAGUUUUAUUAUUCAAGAAACAUCAAGGACCAAAUGUAGAGAUGUAUUUGAAUUUCCAACUCACUGUUAUGGCCCGCAAUGGUUUUGAAUGGUUGACACUCUUCCAUUGAGUGAUAUGGUAAACUUUGGGUCAAUUUAUUAUCAGGGCAGCCUCAUUGUUUUUAUAUUAGAUAGCACUCCGAAAUGAGAGUUGUACAUGUAGAUUAAGGUUGGCUGCAGUCUCCUGUUGAGGUUAAGAUACACUUUCUUAGGAUAUUAUUGGUCUUGUGCAUUUGACCUCUCCAUUGAUCAGUGAAGCUGGGGCAACCUGUCAGGAGCAGGGACCCAUCUCCUGAUCAAGAGCUGGGAUUGGUCAGAACUACCUGAGCUGGAGGAUUUUAUCUGUUGUCUAUAGCCACGUCCCAAUUCAACGACUGCACCCUUCGAAGAGCCCGGCCUACGAAGAAUGCUCUGUGGACCGCAAAGGCUGUCUAUGCGCUUGUUACUUCGCCAACGUUGCCUCGCCUAGCAACCGUGACGCCUGCUUUUUAUUCAGAUUUUAACAGUUUCAUGUAACAGUGUUGUAGGUGAGGUAAACCAGUAGUUACUUGUAAAAGUGUAUUUUGUAGCGGCCGCGGACUCCAUUUUCUCCCAUAGAAGUGAUGUGGAGUGGUGCAUGAUGGGACACAGAAGGGCACGAAGUCUGCUUGGAUGUACCAUUUGUUCACGGCUGAUCUCCAUGGAAGAGCAGAGCAUAUUUGUCGGUUGCAAUCAUGAGGUGCAUGAAAUGGGGCCUUGUAGCGCCGGAAGUGACGCAAGUGCCCUUCAAAUGCAGCCGACGGAGUGUGCAGCCGGUGAAUUGGGACACGGGCAAUGAUUUGGGUUGAUGGGUAACCUGACUGAUAUGUGUAACUCUCUGAAUAGAGUUCUACAUAUUGAAUCUAGGACGGCUCUCUUAAAGCCAUCAGAACCAGCGUUCACAGCGUUCAAACAAAGCAUCAAGUUGAUUGGUCGAAAUGUCUCAACAGCGGAACAAGCCCAAAAAUCAAACUUUAGUGAAAUCCAAUUGGGAGAAAAACAUGUGUGCGACCAGUCCACAAAUGUGCAGAGGGAAGAACUUUGUGCAUUUUUCAGAAACAAAACAGUCUGUCAGCGUCACCUUGUUUUGGUUCGUUCGGCGCUGACUUCCGCCCAAACCAAAGUGCUGCUCUGUGACUGCUCCGAUCCAUGUGGAGCUGUUUAAAAUGGGUUCUCAACAGUUUGUAAACUCACAAAAAAACGUGAGAAUUCAUGUUGCUGGCAAGUCUAGGAAACCUGUAUGCUUGAAGGAAACCACCUAAACACUAGGAGAACAUGCAAACUCCACACAGAAGAGUUGAACCUGAAACCUUCUUGCAGUGAGGCGAGAUUGCUCAGUCGCCGUGAUGCUGUGGAAAAGCUUGUACACUGAAGUUGACAAAUGCUGCCUGGGUUAAAUGUUAGGAGCAGUGGGUGACCGCAGCGCUGCACCCGGAGACAGGAUCCCGGUCAGGAUUACCAACCUGGACGAGCAGCCUAUUGAUACUUUGCAGUGACAUCUGACGGAAUAUUCAGCAGUUACCAUGGUGACGCAAAACUCACAUUACUGAACACUGCCAAAAAACGUUUUUGUAUAGUCUGAAACUCAUGGAAAAAAUACAGAAUGGAUUUAAACACAUUUUCAGGAGCCUGUGAUCAAUACGAGCGUUCAUGGUCCUGUUUAGGUGUAGCUCCAGUUUUUUAUGGUCAGAUUGAGGUAAAACAAAGCUCAGAUUAAAGUCUUAUAGAGCUUCAGACAGAGCAGUGCCCCGAGUUAGCUCCACCCCCCAGGGAAUGUUGAUGACAUCAGCUGCAAAGUAUCAAUUUUGGAUGUUUUAAGGUUGACGGAUCGAAUAUGCAAAACUCUACAAAAAUGCCUUUCUGAUAUCGAUGAGAGCCGAUAUGUGGGGUGCUGAUUUCUGGACAGGAAGUGAACAGUUGAUUCUUGGAUGAUAUUACAUCUUAACUACAAUUUGUGGGCUGGAUUUUAAGCAUUAUUUAUUAGUCACAACAGGCCUAAUCUCAUAUCGCCCGAUCAUAUCUGUAUUUAACCAUUCCUAGUUGGGUUAAGAUAUCCCCAUAGACUGUAUUUCAUUUUGUUUUCGUUUUGUUUUCAUUUGUACCUAUGAGCAUUGUCUGUGGGCCAAACUAGGCAGAGACUACACUGUCUGUUUUUAGAAAGUGGACCAAAUUGACUCUUGGGACUAGGUGCCAAGAAAAAGUAGUUCAGUGGAAUACAGUACAGUUUUUAUAUUAUUUUACCAUGAAAACUUGCCUAUUCUGACCCAAUCUGUGCCAUAUCACUCUGAAGUUACCGAGCAUUCAUCUAGACUGAUCUCUUAACGUUGUACUGCCUUUUUUUUUAUUUUUAGUGUUUUUAGCCAGUAAAAAAGCAGAACGCAGUCGCCAUAGUGACCCCUCAAAAAUAGCUGCUCGAUCUUAUUUUUAAUAGUUUUUAAUGAUCUAACUUGAACCUUGACAUCAUGAAUCUGCAGCACAAAAAUCACACGUUUUAAAAGCAAAAAAAGCUGAAAUGAACGCACAGUGAAACCUCAUAUCUCCCCACACGGCCUUAAGUAACGCAGACCAUCUAUUGAAAUCUUCUUGAUGUAGCCAGGCACAAGUUAAUGCAAGACUCAGUGUAUUUCAGAGUUCGAAGAAAAAUAUGCACUGAUCAGCCAUUAUUAGUAUUAUGAUUAUGACCACUGGGGGGCGAAUUGGGCAUCACUUGAACAUUGUGAUUUCAAAGUUGGAAGCGUAAGUAUUUGAAAGACCAGUGACCAAACUGAGGGCUAGAUGACUGGAUCAGAGCAUUUCCAAAAGUCCAGAUCUUAUAGUCGUGGGUUAGACGUGGGUUAGACGUGGGUUAGACGUGGGUUAGACGUGGGUUAGACGUGGGUUAGACGUGGGUUAGACGUGGGUUAGACGUGGAAAUUGUAUCAGUCAGAACAAAAUCCAUAACUUCUUUUAGCCCUGAUUUAAUGUGUCGAUUGUUGAUUCUAGAUAUUCCCAUGCCAUUUCUCAGUCCUGUAAGCCGCCAUGUUUGUUUUGACACAAACAGACCAUACGCUUCACUGAUUGGUGGAUCAACCUGUCAAUUACACCCCUCAAAAAUAGUAGAGAUUGGAAAUGGUUACAGUCCUUGGAUUGGUCCUUGGUUAAACCUGAUUUAGUCCUAUGUUAGCCCUGGUUUGGUCCUUAGUUAGUCCUGGUUUAGUCUUUGGUGAGUCUUGGUUUAGUGCCUUUUUUUUUUUUUUUUAGACCUGGUUUUGUCCUUCAUUUGACCUGGUUUAGUCCUCGGUUAGACCUGGUUUGGUCCUGCAGAUGGUCAUAAUGUAAUGGCUGAUCCGUGUCUAUUAUAACAUGUUUAGCUUUGAACUGAAAUGACUUGAGCUCUCCACUGUUUCCUUGUCUUGAUGUUCACGUGUAUGUUGUUGAUAUACUGCCAAAAUCAUGUAAAACAAACAGCCGUCACUGCCAAAAGACACAAAACUGUAAUUAUGUUCACUAACUGUAGUCCAAUACAUGCAACUGCGACCAAAUUCUGUGAAAUCACCUGAAUUUAAACAUGUGAAAAUGUCUUUAUUUUAGUACUAACAAUAAAAU